AUGGCCGAGAAUCCUCAAGAGUCAGGCUCUCCGGAGGAACCCGGUAGCCAUCUUCCUGCCAGCACUCCUAACACCGAUCCCAAAAAGCCAAAGCACCAGUUUCCACAAUCACAAGUGGGAAAGCUUUGGGACGCCUUCGGCAAUCCCGAGGAACCUGUGAACGCCCUCGCUAAUGCGACAUAUAAGCCUCGAGGCAAUGAAUCAAAGGAUGUCUCAUACUCUGAAGUCGUCGGCAAUGUGUCUUUGUCUGAGAUCUCAUCCUUUUAUAAGGCUCCAUGCGCUCGUGAAUCCCUCUUAACUGGAAUUGGUGCUGGAUUUGGAAUCGGUGGUGUACGAGCAGUCUUCGGAGGCCUUCGCUCAUUAUGGUCCGCCGGAAAUUGGGCCGUCGGAAUCUUCGCCGUUACAUCCCUGGGCGCGUAUGAACUUUGUCGGCGCAGACGGAUACAAGAGUUGCACGGCAUGAAGGAAGCCGUGGAGCUAAUGAAGGAGCUGAAGGAAAAGAAACAGCGGGACAAGGACAAAGCCUUGGAGGAAGCAGCAAAGCGAGCGGAGGAAGAGAAGAGGAAGAAGAGUUGGACGAAUAUUUCCAACUACAAAUUUUGGUAA